UCCUCUACAGAUAAAAACUCAGGGAGACUAGGAUGCUUUGGUUGGAUAUUGGUCAUCGUAUCCCUCCUCUUUAUAAUACCACUCUUCCCUGUCACAAUGUUUAUGUGUGUUAAGAUAGUGAAGGAGUAUGAGCGAGCCGUCAUUUUUAGACUUGGCCGAAUCACAGACAGGAAACCUAAAGGACCAGGACUUUUCUUAGUUCUGCCCUGCACUGACACCUUUGUGAAAGUUGAUCUGAGAACUGUGUCCUUUGACAUCCCCCCACAAGAGAUCCUGACCAAAGACUCUGUGACAGUGUCUGUGGAUGGUGUGGUGUACUUUCGGAUCCACUGCCCCAUAUCAUCUGUGGCCAAUGUGUCCAAUGCACACUCAUCUACACGGCUGCUGGCUCAAACAACCCUAAGAAAUGUACUGGGCACCAAGAACCUUGCAGAACUGCUGUCUGAGAGAGAUGCCAUAUCACUCACCAUGCAGGAAGCUCUGGAUGAAGCCACUGAUCCGUGGGGUAUUAAGGUGGAGCGUGUGGAGAUCAAAGAUGUGAAGUUGCCUCAACAGUUGCAGAGAGCCAUGGCAGCAGAGGCAGAAGCCAGCCGGGAGGCCAGGGCUAAGAUCAUUGCUGCAGAGGGAGAGAUGAAGGCCUCCAGGGCUCUGAAAGAAGCCUCUCUGGUCAUCUCUGAGUCACCCUCUGCUCUCCAGCUGCGAUACUUGCAGACGCUCAGCUCCAUCGCAGGAGAGAAGAACUCCACCAUUGUCUUCCCUCUCCCUAUAGAUAUGUUGCAAAAUUUUAUGCAGCGGAAGUGA